CUAACAAAAUUUUAUUAAAUCAAAGAUUUCAGCCAUGAGCGUUCGCGAGAAGCUCUCCAUCUUUGAGAAUCUCUCCAUCUUUGAGAAUCUUCAAUCUCCAACUCUCCCUUCUUCGUCCCAAGAAUCAGAUCUACAUGAUCAAAGUACUACAAAAAUUCCAAACUCAGUUCCCGUUACUGAUACCAGUAUGGUAUAUUCUCCUUCUCCUCCCACCAUGCAAGGGGAUAUAUCCAUGUAUGAGGCUACUCAACCUGGUAAUUUGGCAGCGUUAUCUUACAAAGAUAAACUCUUAUUUGAUGAGAAUCCUACAAUUGUAUCCUUUGCCACCACUCCAGGAUACAUGGAUGAGGACUCGGAUGUCGAUGACGAUCCGAAUGACUCAACUCCCAUCAUCUUGCUUUCCAAAGCUGAGAAGAGACGCAUAAGAGAGCCAUGGAUGAAUGCCCUCAUCAUCAAAGCCUUUCACUCCAAACCUCUUGGUUACAAUUAUGUCUUUCCAAGGGUGAAGGCUCAAUGGAAGCCAACAAGUAAGUGGGAUUUCAUAGACUUGGGACUUGAUUUUUUUCUUGUUCGAUUUCAGGUUCCAGAGGACCUAAACAGAGUCAUAUCUGGUGGGCCUUGGUUUGUUGGUCCCUACUAUCUAACUAUUAGGAGAUGGGAACCAAACUUUGAUCCUGCAGAGGCCGUUAAUUCAACUACUACCAUUGCUGUGUGGGCAAGGUUCCCAAACUUAUCAGCUGAUCAUUACAAUCCCACCACUCUUCAAAAAAUAAGAAAUGAGGUUGUGACACUUUUGUGCGUAGAUGCUCAUACCGCUCACCACACUCGGGGCCAAUACACACGGAUGAGGGUGUUAAUGCUCUAUGCUUUAAUUGUGGACGAAUUGGCCAUCGCAACAAUCAAUGCCCAGGACUCAAGGACAAAAUCCCCCUAUAAUCAAUGCUAUCUCGAACGCCCCUACAGUGAGGUGAUACUCAACAGGAUUGCAUUGAUUUUGGCCCUUGGCUUCUUGUGGAACAUCGGAAGCCUAGGAAAAAAAACCCCAGUUAUUGGGAACUCAUCGGAGAAGACAAUGGCUACUACAGUGCCUAGCUCAUCUCGUGGGUCUGGAGCCCCGAUCCGCAAACUGGGUCCGAAAUCUCAAUCUAGAUCUACAACCAAUCGUGUGAGUCAAACUAACGGUUACAAGCCACAAGCAUUUAAUGCUGAGCAAACCAGUGUCAAAUUUGAUGUGUCAGCUAUAUCUGGAAAAGCAGUUUAUUUAGAAAGUUUCAACGAGCAGAAAUUUAAAGAACCCCAAUGGGUCAUCAAAAACUCAUCAAAGGUCCAGAGUGUUUCUAAAGGUAAGGGCCACCUUGAGCCCAGAGCAAAAACCAAGCUUAUAUCAAACCCAAACCCCAAGGCCCGAAACACUCUUGAGCUUGUCAAUGCUCUUAUUUCUUUCUCAUCAUCAGAGUCCACUCCAAUUACGAGACCUAUAUUUACCACCCAUAUGACAGUAGUAGACUCUUCUUCUCAACCCAUUACAUCUUGUGCCCCACCUUCAUCCUCCCUCACUCAAUCCUCUCACUGCUCGUCGAUAUUUUCUUCUCUUUGUUCUCCCUCAACCCAUGGAACCCCUCAAUUGCUUGUCCCUUCACCCAAACCUCCAAAUCUGCUUAGUAAGGGGCAACACCAAGAUUCAUCUGAACUAUGCGUUGAAACGGAUGCUAGCCGAUGUUUCUCCAAGGAGCGAGAAUUGGACAAUGCCACAGAUUUUGGAGGCAUGGCGUGCUCCGAUAAUCACCUACAAUCGUAUGGAUCUACAGGGGAUUCUACAUCUUACCCCAGCUCCAUCAACCGACCUAGCCUCAAGAGAACAGUUUCAGAUCAUGAAUCUAGAAUUGUCAGAAGGAGCGAAUAUCGAAGAGGACUUAAGCCUUAUCAUUCCGCAUCAAAUUUCCAGCUCAGCUUACAUGCCUCAUCUGAAGAUAAUCAACAUGAAAGGCAAGAUGGAACAUCUUCAUUUAGUGUCCAAAAUGCUCCCCUCGUUAUUUACGAAGUCAAAAAUAGAUUACGAGACUCUCUUAAUCCCCUUCCACUUCCCCCAAGCAAGGUUCCUGUUCAAGGACCAGAGGCUUCCAGUGCCAAUCUUGGACUUGACACUAGCCCAGAUCCUACUGGGAAUCUCAAAUCAGAUGCCAUGGAUUUGAAACGCACCCACAAUCCUGUUAUUAUGCUGGUUGUUGAAACUAAAUUAUUUGGAGAAGAUGCUCGAAGCCAAGCAGCUUCUCUUGGAUUUGCUAAAUCCUUUGUGGUGAACUCUAAUGGGCUUGCUAGAGGGCUAUGGCUUUUAUGGGAUGAUGCUAUAGUUGUGGUGGACAUUGUCUCCUAUAGCGAUCAAGCCAUUCAUGCAAUUAUUAAGGAUCUUUUCUCCACCACACUUGAUCAUUCCUUUAUGGACUCUUUUCAAACUAUUCAACUUUCUAUUGAUGAGUCCCUUAGUUUGGAUUCUCUCAGUGGAAUUCCCUCCGAAGUUGAAAUUUUGAGAGCAUUUAACUCUAUGAAGCCUUAUAAAGCUCCUGGCCCGGAUGAUAAAACUGACUCUUUUCUUCCAACUAGAGGCAUCCGUCAAAGUGACCCCUUUUCUCCAUAUUUGUUCAUUAUUUGCAUGGAGUUUUUAUCUCUUAAAAUAUCUGCUGAUAUGGAGGCUGGGCACUGGAAAGGUUCUAAGGCGGGUAGGAGAGGGCCUUUGCUCUCUCACUUAUCUGGCCAGCAUGUGAAUCCUGCUAAAUCAAAGAUUUUCUUCUCCAAAAAUGUGUCUAUUAACAAUAGGGAGUCCCUUUCUGCUAUCUUGGGCUUUCCUUGCACGGAGGACCUUGGUACUUAUCUAGGUCGUGUCACCCUCACUUCUUCGGUCUUAGCAGCUAUCCCUAAUUAUUAUAUGCAAACCAUGCUUUUACCUGCUUCAGUUCAUACUGAGUUAGACCAAAUAUCUCAAAUUUUCAUUUGGGGAUCAGAAGAUAACCAAAAGAAGAUUCAUCUAGUUGGGUGGCAGACUGUCACCCAACCUAGGGUUCUUAGAGGGUUGGGACUCAAAAGUUCCAAGGAAGCUAACUUAGCAGCCAUGAGUAAACUCAACUGGAGAUUAUUCUGGACUGAUUGUUGGUGUUGUGAUAUCCCACUUAUCUCUUGGAUAUAUGGUCCUCAUACUCCUGGCUUCGAGCUCAUCACUGUUGCUGAAUUUUUCAAUGCUGGUGCAUCCGCUGCUGAUCUUAUUGCUUAUCCCAUUCCUACCAACAUUGAACCCCUUAUUUAUGCUGUUCCUGUAUCUCUUUUUGCUUUAAGAGAAGACACAUUUACUUGGGUUGGUAGCUCCAAUGGGUCUUUCUCAUCUGCUUCUGCUUAUUGUAUUACAAAGCAUCUCCCUCUUAAACCUUUGGAGGAUUGGAGAUGGUUGUGGAAAUCUUAUACUUACCCAAAAAUUCAAUACUUCCUUUGGUUGCUUGCCCAUGACCGUCUAAAAUGCUUCUCCUUUUUACAUAGACUUGGUAUUAUCUCCUCUCAUCUAUGCCCGUUAUGUCAUUUGGAAGAUGAAACAGUUGAGCAUCUGAUUCGCUCUUGCCCUGUUUCUGUUACUAUUCUUUCUGAUGUUCUCCCUGGGCAAUCCCUACCAACCCCUCCUUCUUGUGGAUCCUCUUUCUUUAAAUGGUCCAAACCCCUCUCCCCCUUUAUUAAACUUAACACAGAUGGCUCUAUCCUUGGGAACCCAGGUGGAGCAGCUUCGGGAGGUUUGUUUCGAGAUCAUAAUGGUGGUUGGAUUCUUGGAUUUGCCAAAAAAAUUGGAAUCACUAGCAGCCUUACUGCUGAGCUUUGGGCUGGGCUUUGAGAGAUGGCCUUGCCCUUGCUAUUACUCAUUCCUCUUCUCACCUAAUUGUUGAAAUGGAUUCCAGUACUGCUUUUAAUUUCAUGAUGAAUACUGCUAGCAUUUCUCAUCCCCUCAGUUCUCUAAUCUUGGAUUGCAGGGAUCUCCUCAGACUCAUCCCCUAUGUUCAGAUAUUUCAU